AAUAAUAAUUGUGAUAAAAAUAUUAUGGUGACAUGAGUUGUGUAGUAAAAAUAAUAUCUUGGGAUUACUAAAUACGCCAACCUUACGAUGACUAUUUGAAAAUAGAAAGAGAAAUAAAAAAAAAGAAACAUUUUAUGGAUACGCGAUAAUCUGAAGCGCUCAGUGGUAUGUACAGAAAGAUAAAUUUCAAGCGAGAUGCCGAAUUUGAUUGCAUUCACCUGAAAAAUUAACAUCAUGAUGGAGAGUUCAAGUUUUAUGAUGAAUUUUGAAGUAUUUUGCUUUAACCCGUCAUACUCUGCAAUUUUUCAUCUUUUUUUUUGGUAUGAAACAAGAUUUUCAUGAACAAAGUAAUGAUUUCCAAACGAUUAGCUUUUAUAUUUAUGG